GACUUGACCUUUCAGGCAAACAUAAUCCCGUCAUCUUCGAACCCCGCCCCAUCGGUGCCUAGAACAACACAAACUCCCACCAAAUUUCCACUGCAAAGAGAUACAAAACGAUUAAGAUGGGGACCCAAUUCUCUACUUCCUCAUCUAUCCCAAUCCCUUCCAUAACCCUCCUCUGCAUCGACGAAGCCUUUGAAACCGCCCUCAAAGCUGCCGCAGAAGCACACUCUCUACCCUCUUCCAUCAACAUCACAUUCUCGCACACCUACUUCGACGCACUCCCUUCGUCCACAAAAUUCGAUCUCAUCGUCUCGCCCGCAAAUUCCUUUGGCCUCAUGGACGGCGGCUUCGAUGCUGCACUAUCCAUCGCAUUUGCACCGCAGGAUGAUUAUUUGGCGCUCACGCGGGUGGCUAAAAAAGCGCUAUACAAUGAGUAUCGCGGCUUUGCGCCUCCAGGAAGCUGUUUGAUUGUGCCGCUCGAAGGUGAACCGGAUUUGAAACCGAACGACUGGGGGUGCAAGUACAUGGCGAUUUCCCCGACCAUGAAGAUCCCGCAGGCUGUGAGGUGGGAUCGAGAGGUAGUGUUUGAGUGUAUGUGGACUUUGUGCGCCGCAGUCGAUCGGCAUAAUCGACGAGUGAAGGAAGGUGGCGAGGGGAGUGAGAUCAAGACGAUGAUGAUGACGCCUUUUGCGACGGGCUGUGGGAUUGUGAGUCCGCAGAAGUGGGCUGCGCAGACGGUGUUGGCUCUGAAGCAAUUUGUGGAGGCAGUGGAGAAAGAGGAGGAGUGGAUGGCGAUGAGCUGGCCUAGCAUCAAGGGCCUGCAUCGGGAGGUUGAGAAGACUUAUGAUCUUUGA